AUGGUCUGGGUGGGCGGUUCCCACCAUGGAACCGGGAACCACCCAUUGAAACUUGUUUGUGGUGCUUCUAGUAUGGGUUUUGGGCUAAGGGUUGCAACAAAGGACUUUGGAGGUGCUAGUUCUUAUGCCCUCCGGCUUCUUUACCGAUCAAUCCUUCCCUUUGUUAUCCACAAAUUUUCUCGGACAAAAGGGAGCGGCUUCUGGAUUCCUAUGUUUCAAGUUUUUGCCAGCUGUAACCUUAUACUAUCAAUUGUGAUGUCCGUUGAUCUGCUGAAAUUCAAAAGGAGGCAUUGGUGGCAGUCUUGCUACCUUUGGGCAGUUUGGAUUGAAGGUCCAGUUGGAUUUGGUUUGCUGCUCAGCUGUCGUAUAGUACAGGCAUUCCAGUUGUAUUUCAUAUUUGGCAAGAGGCGUUUACCACCAAUGAGGUCGCAUGUCUGUCUUCCGUUAUUUCUCUUGCCAUGGUUUGCUGGGGCAGCCUUUAUUCAUAUGAAGCAGCCUCUGAAUAAUCAUUGUCACAUGGGUGCUCAAUGGGUUAUCCCAGUAGUCUCCUUCCACACGUUGUAUGUCGCCACUCUUGUUGCAUUCACCGGAGCAAUUCGCCAUAUAGAAUUCAAAUUUAAUGAACUCCGAGAUCUCUGGAGAGGAAUAGUUGUCUCUGCAUCUUCUAUUGUAUGGAUAGCUGCUUAUGUUUUGAAUGAAAUCCACGAAGAAAUCGGAUGGCUACAAGUUGUCUCAAGAUUUCUGCUUUUAGUCACAUCGAGUAUUCUUGUCCUAGCUUUCUUUUCCAUUUCAAGGUCACAACCUCUCCUGUCUCAAAUUAGCUUAAGAAAAAGAGAACCUUUGAAGUAUGAGACAAUGGGUCAGGCUCUUGGAAUACCAGACAGUGGUCUUCUAAUGCAAAGAGAGCCAAGUCAAGCUAUAGAUCCAAAUGAACCGUUGGAUGAACUUCUUCUGAACAAAAGAUUUCGUCAGUCCUUCAUGGCAUUCGCGGAUAGUUGUUUGGCUGGGGAGAGCGUGCAUUUCUAUGAUGAUGUCCAUGAGCUUGGUAAAAUUCCUGUAAAUGACUCCGUGCAGAGAAUCUACAUGGCCAGAGAUAUCAUCGAUAAGUAUAUAACUGCAGGUGCACCAAUGGAGAUUAACAUAUCUUACCGAUGCCGACAAGAUAUUUUGACGACUUCUAAUCUAGCACAUCCUGAUCUCUUCAACAAUGCGCUAAAUGAAUUGCUGCAGCUCAUGAAAAUGAAUUUGGUGAAAGAUUACUGGUCUUCCACGUUCUUCUUGAAGUUUAAAGAGGAAGCAAGCAUGAGAUCGGACACUCAUGAGAUGGAAACAAUGACCGGUUGGAACUUCUCCCCUAGAUUGAGCGGUGUACGUAGCGCAGACGACCCCUUUCACCAGGAAUAUCUUACAAAGGACUCAGACCACAGUAGUGGACAUACAGAUCCAAUUUGAGCCAAGGGGAAAGAAAAUACCGGAGAUUGUCAAUGAGCAUCUCUCUUCACUCGCAAUCUAGCUAUUCGUGUCCAAUGCAGCCUCUGACAUGGCUUUCAUCUAUACAGCAUGGAAACAAUAAAUAAUGCUAGAGUGAUGGCAUACAAGGGAAAGGGAAGCACACGAUAUAGCAAUUCAUACACAAGGUUAUAUAAUACUACAGAGAGAGUCGAUCACCUGACCAACGACUUUGGUCGCGUGUCGGAAUUAAACAUCCUAGCUAAUCUGACUUGGAUAGUUUACUAAUGAUUGGUUCAUCUGUACGUCGCUCGAGGUGCUUGCAAGUGCAUCUACUGCAAGUCAAGGCAAGCAUAAACAUGCACUUCUCAUCAGCACUUGUUUGAAGUGCUCUUUGUAUCAUAUGUACAUCAAUGUCCUAUAAAUGUGAACCUUAUUUACUUGUUUCUUCUA